UGCCAGUGUGACUCGAGCCGCGCGCUAGACCUGUGCUCGGUUUUCCCACAACUUUCGUUGACGACUUUGCUACGUGUUACCCAAGAACUUUUGUAACUUCAACGUACGAAGUGAGGACGAUGAUGUCAAAAUAAAUACAUCACAUGCGAAUGUUUCGUGUUUGAAACUAGUUCAGUGUUGUGGAGACGGUGUAAAGAGAGUAUCUUGUUUAGAAAUAAAGAAAUUAUGACAUUCAGGUGACUUUUGAAGCUUUUAGGAUCUUUGUCGGCGAGUUAUGCUGUAACGGAAUCAAAACACAAAAGAACAACAUGAGUAGAUCAAAGCGAACGACCAAACUCAGGAGUGACAAUAGAUGGCAGCACCAAACGGUCACACGCUGAAUAAAGAUGGCAGCAGGAGCACACACGCGUGGCGGAGGACCUCUGGCACGACUACUAGUCCUAGCUAUCCUACACGUCAAUUUUAUUGCUUUAGGUCUGGAGCCGGACUUCCUUUACCCCUUGGAGAACGUGACCAUAGCGCAAGGGCGGGACGCUAUGUUCACGUGUGUGGUGAACAACCUCGGUGGUUACAGGGUGAGUGGCGACUCCGCCACUGCCAGGGUGGCAUGGAUCAAAGCGGACACAAAGGCGAUUCUAGCUAUCCACGAGCAUGUUAUAACAAACAAUGCGCGGCUCAGCGUCACACACAACGACUACAAUACUUGGACGCUCAACAUUAGAGGGGUCAAAAGGGAGGAUAGAGGACAAUACAUGUGCCAAGUUAACACGGACCCAAUGAAAAUGCAGACUGCAUUUCUGGAGGUAGUGAUACCGCCAGACAUAAUCUAUGAAGAAACGUCUGGCGACAUGAUGGUGCCAGAAGGUGGUUCAGCCAAGCUCGUCUGCAAAGCAAGAGGGUACCCUCCCCCGAAAAUAGUCUGGAGAAGGGAGGAUGGUGGCGAAAUUAUUUCCAGAGGGGGGCCACAAGGGAGAACUAAAGUUACCUCGAUUGAGGGGGAGAUAGUAAACCUAACAAAAGUAACAAGAUCAGAGAUGGGUGCGUAUCUCUGUAUCGCUGCCAAUGGAGUUCCGCCUUCAGUCAGCAAGAGGAUAAUGCUCCAUGUACAUUUUCACCCACUGGUACAAGUACCAAAUCAACUGGUUGGGGCGCCGACUGGUACAGACGUCACGCUGCAGUGCCACGUUGAAGCAUCACCCAAAGCCAUCAAUUACUGGACGAGGGAAAAUGGUGAAAUGAUAAUAACCAAUGAUAAAUACCAGAUGAGCGAGAUAAAUAGCUCGGCAUACAGCGUUCAGAUGCGGCUCAUUGUGCGUAACAUACAGAAGAACGACUUGGGGGGAUACAAGUGCAUUUCCAAGAACUCUAUUGGGGACGCUGAGGGUAAUAUUAGGUUGUACGAAAUGGAAUUGCCGCAUAGAAAGUCACGAGACGAAGACGAGCGCUCCAACUCCGUUGAGGAAACAAAUGACGUGCGAUCAAGUCACCAGGGGCCUCUGCGCGAAGGCGGUCCCAGGGAAGACGCGAGUUUCCUAGGCGGCGGCGGGCCCUCAUCCGGCAAAGCGGCACGCGUAUCACCGCCCGCUGUAUUCCUCGUAACCAUGCUAUUCUACGCCGCGUACUAAACUUCAAAAGUUUUUAAUCCAAGAACGCGAUCACUUCAGGCUAUGUGGACGUGUUUUAUACUCACGUGGCAAAACAUGUACAGUACAGCGAUUAGAUUUAUAUGAACAUAAAUGAAUAUGUAUAUGGACAUAGGUAACCAAUAGUUGGGAACUAACGUAGUUCAUUUCCCCCUUCAUGAUUAUUGACGGCAUUACUUGAAGUGGUGUUAAUUAAUGACCGAAAGCUUCUUUUGUUUGUAGAAGUAAAAAAGGAAAAUUUUAUAUGUUUGAAAAAGAGUUCG